AUGCCGAACAAUAUUGUGAUUCUGGGAGCCGGUGUUACGGGCCUGACAACUGCCUACCUCUUGUCUAAAGACCCUGCAAACAAAAUUACUGUUUUGGCAAAACAUAUGCCAGGAGACUAUGACAUCGAAUAUGCUUCCCCAUGGGCUGGAGCCAACUACAUGCCAGUCGGCAAGGAAGGUAGCAAGCACCAGGCAUGGGAGCGCGCGACUUGGCCUGCACUACAGGAAGUAUGUGAGAAGUAUCCCGACGCGGGAAUCCAUUUCAGAGAUUCAUUGAUCUAUAACCGGAAGAAGGACCAAGAGUCUGCCACUGGUCAAUGGUUCUCGGAAUUGGUUCAGCCUAACCCGUGGUAUAAGGAUGUCGUCCCCGACUUUGAGACGAUUCCCGAGAGCCAGUUGGCCCCGGGUAUCGACAAUGCCCAGAAAUUUACAUCGGUCUGUAUCAACACGGCGGUCUAUUUACCGUGGCUGGUUGGGCAGUGCCUGAAGACCGGAGCUGUCUUCAAGAGGGCUAUAGUCUCGCACAUAUCAGAGGCAGCUUAUGCCCACCACUCCGGACAAAAGGCGGAUGUGGUGGUGAAUUGCACGGGCUUGGCGUCUAAAACUCUAGGAGGAGUUCUUGAUGAUAAGAUGUACCCCGCCAGGGGCCAGAUUGUUGUGGUCCGAAAUGACCCCGGCGAGAUGGUUUCUGCCUCUGGUACAGAUGAUGGAGAGGACGAAGCACUUUAUAUUAUGACUCGUGCUGCAGGUGGGGGCACAAUCCUCGGAGGAUCUUAUCAAAAGCAUAAUUGGGACGGACAGCCCGACCCAAACCUUGCAAACCGAAUUAUGAAGCGAGCAAUUGCCAUUUGUCCCAAGCUCGUCAAGGAGGGGGAGGGUAUCGAGGGGCUCAGCAUUGUCCGCCAUGGCGUUGGCUUGCGGCCUCUCCGUGAUGGGGGCCCUCGCCUUGAGAAAGACGAAGUAGAGGGCGUGAAGAUUGUUCAUAACUAUGGACAUGGUGGAUUUGGCUACCAGGCUUCGUUUGGCUGCGCAGAGAAUGCAGUGACUCUAGUAAACGAGGUCUUGACGGGCAAGACUCGUGCCAAGCUCUGA